AUGCAAGCACAACAUGCUGACGAUGGUGAUCCUUUCGCCGACCCUGCCCAAGUGGAGGAGGAGGAGGAUCAGCGAACCUUCGUCGGCGAGGCCACCCUCAAUGCUGGCAGGAACGCCAACCUCACCCUGGGAACAGACUCACUUAUUGUGCUCGGAAUUACUGCAGAAUCAAAGACCACACGUGUUAUUCCCUUCUUUAACAUCCUUUGGGCAUCUUUGACCAAGAUCGACCUAAACAUCCAAUAUACUACGCCUAUUGGUAAAAGCGAUGUUCAAGUCGCAUACGUGACAUACACCCUAGAUCCUUCCUCCACAACGAACGCUGAAAAUGCGAAGAAUUGGGUCGCUCGACUGCUCGAUCGCGCCUAUGGCGUUUCCCAGCGACAGAAGAGGAUCAAGGUACUAAUCAACCCCUACGGCGGCGCUGGCAAGGCUGCCAAGUGGUUCACUAGGGACGUUGAGCCAAUACUGAGAGCGGCGCAUUGCGAGGUGGAUGUGGAGCGGACAUCAUACAUGGGCCAUGCAGUUGAGAUUGCAGAAAAGAUCGAUAUGGACGCCUACGACGUCAUUGCUUCGUGUUCUGGUGACGGCUUGCCCCACGAGGUUUUCAACGGACUAGCGAAGAAAUCCAAUGCUACGGAAGCCCUACGCAGAGUAGCAGUUGUGCAACUUCCUUGCGGUACUGGCAAUGCUAUGUCUUGGAAUCUUAAUGGAACAAAAUCAUGCUCCAUGGCUGCCCUAGUGAUGGUCAAAGGUAUCAGAACUCCUCUCGACCUGGUCUCCGUCACGCAAGGGCAGAAGCGGAUAAUCUCCUUCCUCAGCCAAGCCAUUGGCAUCGUGGCCGAAACGGAUCUAGGCACUGACAACAUCCGAUGGAUGGGUUCUGCCAGGUUUACCUACGGUUUAUUAGUCCGCCUCCUUGGCAAGACAGUCUAUCCUUGCGACAUUGCGAUCAAAACCGAGAUCGACGACAAAGCCGCCAUAAGAGCUCAUUAUUCCGCCAAUGUCUGCAAACACCACCAAUCUCUAAAACUAGCGUCUACCUCCACCUCGACCCUCUCCCACAGCAGCACUAACAACGAUGACACAUCUCCCGAUACCUCCUCACCCACCUCGAUCGGCCUCCCAGCCCUUAAAUACGGCACUGUCCAGUCGCCCCUCCCACCCGGCUGGACACUAACCCCCUAUCCCACCCUCGGCAACUUCUACAGCGGCAACAUGGCCAUCAUGGCGGAAGCGACGCCCAUAUUCCCCGCCUCCCUUCCCUCAGACGGCCUCCUCGACCUCGUCACCAUCGAUGGCACCAUCGGCCGUCUCAAGGCUAUCGCCUCCCUCCUCGCCGUCGAAAACGGCACCUUCUUCGACAUGCCGCAUGUCAACAUGCGCAAGGUCAGUGCAUAUCGAGUGGUGCCGAGGUUUGGGAAGUGGGCAAAGCCUUCACCACCGAAUAAGGUGCAGGAGAAGUCGUGGGUGGGGCGGGUGAUGGCUGCAUUGGGGAUGACGGGUGUGAAUAGUAAGGAUAAUAAUAAUAGGGAUGGUGGCUAUAUCAGUGUGGAUGGGGAGAAGAUGCCCUUUGAGCCAUUCCAGGUCGAGGUCCACAGGGGACUCGGGACGGUGUUGUCGAGGUCCGGGUUUGUGUAUGAGGCGGAUGGGCCGGCCGGGUGGGAUGGAGCUACCGCUACCGCUACCGCUACUGCGAAUACGAAUACUAACACGAGUAUUACGGAGUCGUCGGCGGAGGCAGGGACGGCCCAGAUCGAGCGAUGA